AAAUUCCAGAAUCUGCCAACACAAGAAAAAUAAAAACUAAAAAUAAUAUUAUCUAAAUAUAAUUAACAUCAAUUUCAAAAGGACUUUUACAAAAAAUAUAGUAAACAAGAUGUUUUUAUUUCAAUUAGUAGGAUUCAUUUGUCAAUUUUUUUUCUGUAAAUUCCAUUACAAACUUGUUUUUAUCUAGUAAUUUUUUCGGUCUUAUCUUGGCAAUGCUUCCCUGCAUUCCAUAAAACAGGCAACAUUCAAAGCCAUAGGCGUAACAAAUAAUCGAUAAGACUAUCAAUUAAUUUACAAAAUCAUUUUUAAUUAUUAAUAAGUUUCACGUAACUCAGCAACAGAUUGUUGUGUUAAACGGUAAUUUAAAUUAAAAAAAAUUAACAGCUUGUAUUCAGUACAUUUGAUUCGACUUAUCGAAAAUUAAUAUAUCGGCAUUCAGUUAUAUCUAUUUAUGGCCGCCAAUGGUAGAAAAUAUUUCAUGUUUUUUUAGAACAAAAACUACAGUAGUUCUUUCUCGUUUUAUUUUAUUUUUAAAGAGACGAGGUAUGCAAGAGGCGUGGUUUCCGAGGAAUUAUUAAAAGGAACAAAAAAAAUUAUAAUUGAUGUGAUUAACGUAUUAUUAGUCGCUAGUUUAUAUUAAAAAAACAGCCGGUUUCCAUGGAAUUAUUAAAAUUUAUUAAUGAGUAGUGUAUUUAAAACACGGUAGAACAUAACCUCAAACAAAUUAUAUCAUGGGGAAAGUGUUUUCGUCGAUAAAAAAUCCAUUUAAAAACUUUAAUUUAGAAAGCAGAGCGCAUAAAGUAAUAUCGCAACCAAAACCAAUUCCAGCACCGCGACAUAAGAGAGAUCAAGAAACUUACGAGCAAAUGAUACAAGAAUAUCCAAAGGCGUUUGAGGAAAGUUUAAAGAAAAAUGAAAAAUUAGAUAAGCAUUUGAAGAAUGUUUUUGUAGUUUCGCAAGAUCCGAAUGUAAAUAUCAAACAAGAACCUAAUCCUAAUAGACCUCUUCCAGCUGACAGGAGUCCUGUUCCAUCUUUUAUAUAUGGAAUAAAAGAACCAGAUCCUGAAAAAAUACCGAUGGGUAAAACCACUCUAGGAAAUGUAUUAGAAUUUAUAUCGAGGCAUCAAGAAGAUCCAAUAAACUAUAACGCCCAGAAAAUCGCUGAACAGUAUGUUCUAGACGAAGCAACAGUUGGAAAUAUAUUGAAAUACUUCAGGGUGUUUGAGAUGUAUUUACCCCAAGAAACGAGAAGUACGAAGGCAAAAUUUGCAGGACCAAGUUUACCCAGAAUUCAUGUAAUUAAAAAUAUUAGAAAACAACUUCCUCCGCCUGAUUUAUCAAAAAACCAGAAUGACUAGGUGUAAACUAGGAUUUCGAAUUAAUUGUUAAUGUAGAAAAGUUUGAAAUUAUAAUAAAACGUAUUCAUUUGUUCUCUAA